AUGGUAAGUAGUAAGUAUACCGGCGCAAACCCGAAUGGCCCGGCUUGUCCUCGGGUAUUCACAACCGCAGCCUCGGGAUAUAAUAUUGACAUUGCCCCACAGGCUCCCAUAAAUAACUUGCUUCUCCCACGAGUUGACGGAUGCCCGAGCACGAUUUCUGGUGGUGCCAUUGCGGGUAUUGUAAUUGGCACUAUCUUCGUCUCCCCGGAGCCUGGAGUGGUGGUGAGCCCGACGUUGGUUACAGACCACGGCGCUCUAGCUCUGACCGAAGACGGAGGACGUAUGUGGGGUAUGUCGAAAAGCCAAGGACUAAGCCAAGGAGAAGCACAACUUCUCGGUAUCGAGAGGAUGUGCGGCGACCCGCAAGGGUAUAUAGGUCUUGAGAUGUGUGAUGAGAUGGAUAAAGUGCGGAUUGAGCUAUGA